AUGCUGUCGCCCUCAUGCGAUCGAAACAAGGCCGCGAUCCUCAGCGAGUAUCUGACGAUUCUGCCUUCUUCCGGGCGGGCGCUCGAGGUCGCCAGCGGCACGGGACAGCACGUCGCCCACUUCGCCGCGGCGCUGCCCGGCGUCCGCUUCUGCCCAUCCGACCUCACGACCGAUGCGUUUGGCUCCGUUGCGGCUUGGGCCGAGGGCCUCGACAACGUGGAGGCGCCGUUCGCCCACGACUGCGCCAGCGUCAGCGACUGGGCUAAGCUCGAGCCAAAGAGCUUUGAUGCGGUGAUCGUCGCCAAUAUGUGCCACAUCUCUCCGUGGGUGGUGACCGAGGGCGCGGCGCGCGUCUUGGCAGACGGUGGCCGCUUGUGCGUCUACGGGCCCUUCACCACCGGAGGCGAGCACACCUCCGAGAGCAACGCCGACUUUGACCGCUCGCUGCGUGCGCGCGACCCGUCCUGGGGGUACCGGGAUAUCGAGCGAGACCUCGGCGCCCUCGCGGACAAGGCGGGCGUCGCGCUGCUCAAGCGGAUCGCCAUGCCCGCAAACAACUUUCUGCUGGUGUAUGCACGAUGUGCGGCGGAGGAGUAGAGCUCGCGCGGGCGGCGUGUAAUGUGUAAACGAUCGAGUGAUCGA